UUCGGAAGAAGGGUCGAGACUUUCACAAAUCAAAAACGGGUUCCAUCCUUGCCUUCAAAGUCAGCUUUAGAGAGUUGAGAAUCAGGAGGGAGUAAUCAAUUUUGAUGAGAUCUUGCGUGAGACUGACUCAUUCAUGGUUGCCCGUGGUGAUCUUGGAAUGGAGAUUCCAGUUGAGAAAAUCUUCCUGGCACAGAAAAUGAUGAUAUAUAAGUGUAAUCUUGUGGGCAAGCCUGUGGUCACUGCUACUCAGAUGCUUGAAUCCAUGAUCAAGUCUCCCCGGCCAACCCGCGCUGAAGCCACUGACGUAGCAAAUGCUGUCCUUGAUGGCACUGACUGUGUGAUGCUUAGUGGUGAGAGUGCAGCUGGGGCCUAUCCAGAAAUUGCUGUGAAGAUAAUGGCUCGAAUUUGUAUAGAGGCAGAAUCAUCCCUCGACUAUGGGGCUAUCUUUAAGGAGAUGAUUAGGUCAACCCCACUUCCAAUGAGCCCAUUGGAGAGCCUUGCAUCAUCUGCUGUCCGGACUGCUAACAAGGCCAAAGCAAAACUGAUUGUUGUGUUGACACGUGGAGGAACCACGGCCAAGUUGGUUGCCAAGUACAGGCCAGCUGUUCCAAUCCUGUCAGUAGUUGUUCCAGUUUUGACGACAGACUCGUUUGAUUGGACUUGCAGUGAUGAGACACCAGCAAGGCAUAGCCUAAUAUACCGGGGUUUGAUUCCUCUUCUGGCUGAGGGAUCUGCUAAGGCCACUGAUGCAGAAUCGACUGAGGUGAUUUUGGAAGCUGCUCUGAAGUCAGCAACACAGAAGGGCCUCUGCAAGCCUGGUGAUGCAGUAGUGGCACUUCAUCGUAUUGGAGCUGCCUCAGUUAUUAAGAUCUGCGUUGUGAAGUGAUAAUUGAUAGGGUAUGCAGGAGACAAUGCUUGGCAUCUAAAGGUGGUUAUGUUUGGAUUUUAUCUAUUUUAUGUUUAUGCUAUUUAAUCUUCACAAUACUAAAAAUAUUCAGCUAUUUUUCAUCUUUUUGGAGCUAUGCUGGAUUUCUUGUUUUUCCAGUUAGCUAAUGUUAUGAAAUAUUUUACAGUGCCCUGGUAGAAAUAAGGGGCAGGACAUCCCUUUUAAUAUUUCUGGUUGUGGUAGUUCCCAUUAGAUAUUCGCACCACGUUACUUUUGUAAUCCCUUGUGUUUUGUCUCCAUGUUUUUUUAAUUGGUUUUGAUUUU